AUCGCGUUUGUGAAGGUUAUCCAUUUGUUUUGGAUUAGAUUUUAUUUAAAUUAUAAAUAAAUAGGUGUAUUAAGUGUGUUUGUAUCUACGUAGGAUAUACAGUUAAACUAUGUGGUCUUAUCUAUACAGACGAGUGAUUUUUACAUCGAAAAACAAGUUAUUACGGAGCCUUGCAACCGAUGUGCCGAGAGUUAGAUUUGCUCCUAGUCCCACUGGAUAUUUACAUUUAGGUGGUUUAAGGACAGCUUUGUACAAUUAUUUGUUUGCUAAAUCCCGAGGCGGAGUAUUUAUACUACGAAUAGAAGACACUGACCAGAGUCGUAAAGUCGAGGGGUCGAUAGAUGCACUUAUAGAUGACCUGGACUGGUCAGGCAUCGAAUGCCAUGAAGGACCGCACAGGGGUGGUAAAUAUGGGCCAUAUGUCCAAAGUGAGCGUUUACAUAUAUACCAGGAAUACAUAAAUAAACUAUUAGAAAAUGGUUCAGCAUACAAAUGCUUUUGUACUGAACGCAGAUUGAAUAUAUUAAAAGGAGAUGCUAUAAGGCAUCAGCGAAUACCUAAAUAUGAUAAUAAGUGUAGGAGUCUUUCUGAUGAUGUUAUAAAAGAGAAGAUGCGUGCUGGGACUCCUUAUUGUAUUAGAUUUAAGCUGUCAUCCGACUGCCAAGCUUUCGAAGAUAUGGUGUUCAGUGGUAUAGCGUACGACGUCUCCAUGAACGAAGGUGACCCAGUUCUGAUGAAGAGUGAUGGCUUCCCAACGUAUCAUUUUGCUAAUGUUGUUGACGAUCACUUGAUGGGAAUCACGCAUGUGCUGCGAGGGGUUGAGUGGCAGAUAUCGACGACGAAACAUUUGUUGAUUUAUAGAGCAUUCGGUUGGACUCCGCCGCAAUUCGGUCACUUGCCGCUCAUUGUAAAUGCGGAUGGAACCAAACUUAGCAAGCGACAGAGUGAUGUUAGAGUUGAAGAUUAUAAGAAGAAAGGUAUAUAUCCCCUUGCUUUAGUUAACUAUAUAACAUUGUCUGGCGGUGGGUUUGACCAUGUGCCCGGGGAAGGAGUGAGGCUGAAAACUAUAGACGAAUUAGCUGCUGAAGAACAGUUCCAGACGGAAAAAAUAUCCUCUCACCCAAGUCGCUUAAACCCAGAUCUACUCGAAGAAUGCAAUAGAUUGGAAAUAAAACGUCGCUUAAGUGACGAAAACCUUACUAAAGACUUAGUGGAAAAGUUACAAGGGCUUAUAAAGGAAAAGUUCUAUGACCAGAAUUUGAAUAUAACAGAGGACCAUAUAAGAACCGUUUUAUUAUGGGCCACAUCCAGGAUAACAAGGAUAGAAGAUUUGGUAUCAAACAAAUUCGCAUUUCUAUGGAUUCUUCCGCAAAAUAAAACAGAAAUAGACACACAAUUAUUUCAUAAAUUAAUACAGAAUUUGGAAGAUUUGCAAAACUUUGAUGAAACUUCAAUAAAGGGGAAUUUACGCGAAUUUUCUACGGUGAAUGGCAUAAAGUUUCCCGCGUUAAUGAAAAUGUUGAGAUCCGUUUUGAGCGGGCUGAGCGAGGGACCGGGUGUAGCGGAAAUGAUGCAGUUGUUGGGUAAGCGACAGUCGUUGGAAAGAAUAAAGGCAGUUAUGAGAUAA